AUGAACCGCGUCAAAGCCGGUCGCAAAAAGGCCGAGGGCGGUGCCAGAUCGUUGAUCCCCUGUAUAGUCUUCCUCAUUUCCGCCGCAUGCGUCAUAUUGGUCAUUUCCUACACCGGCGCGAACAUCGCCACUAAACCGUCAUCCGCGCAGUCAGGCGCAAAGAACGUGCGCGGAGGGGGAGAAAACGCGGAUGUCAUGGAGGAGGGCGGGGGCGAGGGGGACGACGGGGGGGAAAUGUCGUUCUUUAAAGGCGGCGUAGGCGCGGCUCCGUUCCUGCCGGAUUUCGAUUUGAGCCGCCCCGUGGAGCACGGUCCGAAGGGGAAGCGGUUGAGUAAAGAGGAGCAGGAGUAUGUGAGCGCGGAGGCGGAAUAUCAGAUGCGUCUGGCGCGCCGCAACGAGCUGACAGGGGGGAAGCGCCCCGAGCCGCCGCUCCCGCGGUGGAAGCCGGGCAAGAUCAAGGAGGUGUUCCUCACGCCCACCUACCCCUGCAAGCGCGCCGAGCGCCUGGGGGGCACGGGGGCGGACGGAGAAGGGGGAAAGUGGGUGUGCAACAUCCGGAAACUGAGAGCGGGAGGCAGGCGGCCCAUCGUGUACAGUGUGGGCAGUGCAGGGGAAACCUCCUUUGAGCAAGCUGUAAGGGAGCGCCUGCGCACCAAGGCCUUCACGUUCGACCCGUUUCUGGAUGACCAGCAGGCAGCAGCACUGCGGGCCAAGCACCUCCUGCGCUACAUCCCCAUCGGCCUGGGGGCGGGGAAACAGCUGUCGGCUCUGAGAAGGGGGGCGCCGGGGAAGCGGUUUGCGACUCUGGCUCAGCUGAUGGGAAAGCUCAACCACUCACAUAUCGACGUGCUGAAGAUUGACUGUGAGCGCUGUGAGGAGCGCCUGAUGGAGGAUCUGCUCAACACGUUUGGCAAGGAGAAUCCGCCGGCAGAUCAAAUCCUAGUGGAGAUCCACCAGAUUCGCCACGUGGGCAGGACCACGCAAGUCCUUUUCCCAUUGGAGGACAUGGGUUACCGCCUCUUCAAUGCAGAGGCCAACCCACGCUGCAACACCUGCUAUGAACUCUCUUUUGUUCACGAAAACUUCUUGAAACCCAAGUCCAUGUUCCCAACUCCUGAUCCACCUGCUACUGCUGGUGACGCUGGUGGGGAUGCUGCUGUUGAUCCCUCGGCUGAUUCUGCCGAAGCUGCUGCUGAUGCUGCUGCUGAUGCUGCUGCUGAUGCUGUUGCUGCUGCCGCUGCAGAUUCUGCUGCUGAAGAGGCUGCUGGUGAUGCUGCUUCUGGUGACAAUGCAGGGGGUGAAAACCAAUAA